AUGGAGUCUGUUCUGUCUUUAGAUUACGGUAGAUGGCUAAAUUCUUCUGAAGAUCCUGGUUCUUUAGCCAAGGAAAUAAUGAAUGAGAAUUAUCAGUUCGAAAAUAUCAGGCACCUUCACCACCUCCUGUUCUUGCACAAGUGCAGUCAGAGCUUCUUCCUCUCUCUCCAUCAAGGGUUGCUGAACCAAGGCCAGGACCACCACUUUCUAAGGAUGGGUUGCCCAGUUUCAAUUCAUACCAAGAUCUUCACAUUGUCAUGCCAGCCAUUGAAUGAAGAAGAAUUUUUUGAGGUUCAAGACAAGCGUUCCCCUUUCCAGUUGGGGUGGAUUCAUGUCAUGUUACCAGAAGCAAUUGCAAUCGUCAUGGCUCCAACUGGCACAUCCAGGUAG